AUGGAAAAUAAGGAUGAUGAUGAAGACGACGAUGCUGACAAUAUGAUGACAUCCCCGUUUGCUGGCAACCCCACCCCACCCACGACGCCAGGGGCCUCGGGUGGGCCGCCCUUCUACCCCUCUCCUGACAUUGACAACAACCGCAUGAUGAGGUACAACGGCAACAGCAACAGGGAGAUAGAGCCGAGAUUGUGCUUUCCUAUAAGGGACGGUCAGAUCAUGGAACCCUUCAGACUGGAGCACAACCAUCAAGUCACGAGUCACAUGUUCAUCUUGAAGGAACACCCACAAUCAUCAUCAUCACCAUCUUCAACAUUUUCUCAUCCGGCUGAGCUGCCGAGAUGUUGCAACAAAGUGCUCGGCAGAAUGGCUCAACUUGUUGACUAUGCAAUAAAUCACAAUGGACCAGACCUUGAACUUCAACUGAAAUGCUACCACAACGAGGACCGUCUAAUGAUGACCAACUGGCCGACGACACUGAACAUCACCAUCAACUCUAUCCCCAUGGUCAUCGACCGAGGGGACGAGACGAACAGCUCCCACCAGCCACUCCUCCUUAAAAAUUUCUGCCAAGUGGAGACCAACAUGUUGCAGAUAGCUGUUUCAGCUUGCUGCUGUUCUCAUCUGUUUGUCGUUCAAAUCGUUCAUCGACCGACCUUGAGAUCAGUGCUACAGAACUUGCUGACGAAGAGGUUACUACCAUCUGAGCACGGAAUCACAAAGACCAAGCGAGCGUUCGUUGGCAAUGAGAACAUGACAAUAAAACUUGCACUCACCUGCCCCAUUACCAUGAAUCGCAUACAACUUCCAGCGCGCGGUCACGACUGCCACCACAUACAGUGUUUUGACCUAGAAAGUUAUUUGAAAAUCAAUAGUGACCACAAUUCUUGGGUCUGCCCUAUAUGCAACAACAACUUAGUCAACAGCAGCAAGAGUAACAACAUGUUGGCAGCUCCACCAGAUUACCUUGGCUGUCUUUCCCAAUUGAGUAACAGCAUUCUCUCUGAUGAUUCUAACAAGCCUAAUCUCAUAAACAACAGCAACAAUUCUAGUAAUACUAACAACAAUAACAAUAAUAAUAACAACAAUAAUAAUAAUGUAUCCACCAAUUCAUUAAACAACGGCUCACUGAAUGGCGUCUCGAUGAACAACAACAAUAACAUCAUCAACAACAACAACAACAAUAGCAUCAACAACAACAGCAACAACAACAUCAACAACAACAACUCAUCCGAUCAUCUUUCGUUCCCACCGACGCCAGCAAGCAGUCAGAUGAACACGGUUUGCACUCCACAGGACGGGCAGUCCUUCCACCCCCGCACUCCCACCGACCACUGCACCUCACACACCUCCCCCGAACAGUUUCAAUCCCCAUCCCAACUCAACAAUCCCGACAACCCACUUGCUUCCAGGACUCCCAUAGAUGUCAGUAGCAACAACAACAACGUCAACAAUAAUAUUAACAACAACAGCGCCAGUAACAGCCACGCUAAUAAUCUAAACAACAAUCACAACAACAACAGUAAUAACAACAAUUUAAACAACAUAAAUAAUAACAUUAUUACCUCAAGCAACAACAUCAACAACAAUAACAUCAACAACAACAACAAUAACUCAAACAACAACAUGAACGGCUUUGUGGAAUCUAGCAACAUCGGUUCAUCUCGUUCCAAGAAUAAACCUCAACUGAAAAACAGUUCAUCAUCGCUAUCCUCAAUAACACCAUCAAUGUCGUCAUCAUCGUCAUCAUCGUCGUUAUCAUCGUCAUCAUUAUCAUUGUCGUCAUCAUCUUCCGUUCCAAUGGCUACAGCAUCCUUCUUUUCAUCAUCGUCAUCGUCAUCAUCGUCUCCAAUUCCAUCGUCUAAAACAUCAACAUCGUACGUAGAUGGAUGUCUGACAUCACAAAAGUUGGGCUAUCCCACGGUUCACCCCUCUGUUCAUCCUCCUGUUCACCCCCCUGUACAACCUGUUCAGCCGACCAUCGCGACAGCCAUAGACACUCUUCCAGAAGAAAUUGACUUCUCGUUCGAUUUGAACUUCGACAACUUGGACACACAGGAAAAUCAUCUGAACGAUCACUUUGAACUGUCACCCACUUCAAACCUAAAUAAUAACAACAACAACAAUAAUAAUAAUAUUUUACUAAAUAACAACAGCAACAAUAAUAAUUUAUUAAAUAAUAACAACAAUAAUAAUUCACUAAAUAAUAAUAACAACAACAACAAUUUAUUAAACAACAACGUCAUCAUCAACAACAACAACAACAGUAAUAAUGGUAGCAACAUCCUCAAUAACAUGGUUGUUAACAACAGUAAUAAUAAUAAUAAUAACAAUAAUAAUAAUAAUAGUAAUAAUAAUAAUAAUAAUAAUAUGAGUAGUAAUAUGAAUAUUGACGAUAGUUGCAAUAAUCUUACAGCAAUGUGCAACAGUUCUCUGAUUCUUCCGGAUUCAUUUGAUGACGACUUAUCCCUCUACCUUGGACCCUCGGAUAGGACUUCCGACUCGAACUCCAUGUCCACUAACGACGACUUGCUACUAUUCUUGCAAUAA